GGUUUCGGGGGGUGGAGGAGUGUGGGACCAGGGGAACCCCUAGGUGGGGGGAUUGGAGAGACUACCCCUCUGCGGGCUGGGGACCCCAGAGGUUUGGGCGCCGGCCGUCUCGAGUGCCUACCAGCCCUUCCGCUUCUUGGGGCAGCUUGGCCCCGCCCCAGGCUCCUCCCGGCCUUUGGGACGGCGUGGGGGUGGGAAUUGGAGCUGAACAAGGGGGGAGGAGGGGCUGCAGGCGUCGUAGUUAAACUGUCCGUCUCCACUGGCUCGCGGUCCCUCACCCGUCUCCCCCCCCCGCCCGUCCCCAGUCAUUCCCCUCAAAGCAUUGGUGCCCCCGGCUCUUCAACACAGCCGCUGCUUUUUCUCAGAGGCCUGAGGAAGGCAGUCUCGGCUUGGUUCUGCGUGGGCAUGGGGUUGGUGAUUUACACCACAACAUGCCAGAAUUUCGAAUACUUGCUUGUGGUUUAAAGCCUUGGAUAAAAUACGGCUGUGGAGUCAUGGCAGUGCCCUUCGUGGAAGACUGGGACUUGGUGCAAACCCUGGGAGAAGGUGCCUAUGGAGAGGUUCAACUUGCUGUGAAUAGAAGAACUGAAGAAGCAGUUGCAGUCAAGAUUGUAGACAUGAAGCGUGCCAUAGACUGUCCAGAAAAUAUUAAGAAAGAGAUCUGUAUCAAUAAAAUGUUAAAUCAUGAGAAUGUAGUGAAAUUCUAUGGUCACAGGAGAGAAGGCAAUAUCCAGUAUCUAUUUCUGGAGUACUGUAGUGGAGGGGAACUUUUUGACAGAAUUGAGCCAGACAUAGGCAUGCCUGAACAAGAUGCUCAGAGGUUCUUCCAUCAACUCAUGGCAGGGGUGGUUUAUCUGCAUGGUAUUGGGAUAACUCACAGGGAUAUUAAGCCAGAAAAUCUCCUGUUGGAUGAAAGGGAUAACCUGAAAAUCUCUGACUUUGGCUUGGCAACAGUGUUUCGGCAUAAUAAUCGUGAACGUUUAUUGAACAAGAUGUGUGGUACUUUACCUUAUGUUGCUCCAGAACUUCUAAAGAGAAAAGAAUUUCAUGCAGAACCAGUUGAUGUUUGGUCCUGUGGAAUAGUACUCACGGCAAUGUUGGCUGGAGAAUUGCCAUGGGACCAGCCCAGUGACAGUUGUCAGGAAUAUUCUGAUUGGAAAGAGAAAAAAACAUACCUCAACCCUUGGAAAAAAAUUGAUUCAGCUCCUCUAGCUUUGCUCCAUAAAAUCUUAGUUGAGAAUCCAUCAGUAAGGAUUACCAUCCCAGACAUCAAAAAAGAUAGAUGGUACAACAAACCACUCAAGAAAGGUCCUCAGUUCCAUCCUCACUACUGUAAAUCCCAAGGGGCAAAGAGGCCCCGAGUCACUUCAGGUGGUGUAUCAGAGUCUCCUAGUGGGUUUUCUAAGCACAUUCAAUCCAAUUUGGACUUCUCACCAGUGAACAGUGCCUCUAGUGAAGAAAAUGUGAAGUACUCCAGUUCCCAGCCAGAACCACGGACAGGUCUUUCCUUAUGGGACACCAGCCCUUCCUAUAUUGAUAAACUGGUACAAGGGAUCAGUUUUUCCCAGCCCACAUGCCCUGAUCAUAUGCUCCUGAACAGUCAGUUACUUGGCACCCCAGGAUCCUCACAGAACCCUUGGCAGCGCUUGGUUAAAAGGAUGACACGGUUUUUUACCAAAUUGGAUGCAGACAAAUCUUAUCAAUGCCUGAAAGAGACUUGUGAGAAAUUGGGCUAUCAAUGGAAAAAGAGUUGUAUGAAUCAGGUUACUGUAUCAACAACUGAUAGGAGAAACAAUAAACUGAUUUUCAAAGUGAAUUUGGUAGAAAUGGAUGAGAAGAUCUUGGUCGACUUUCGGCUUUCUAAGGGUGAUGGAUUAGAAUUCAAGAGACACUUCCUGAAGAUUAAAGGGAAGCUGAAUGAUGUUGUGAGCAGCCAGAAGGUUUGGCUUCCUGCCACAUGAGAGAUCCAUUGGAUUCCUGGUGAAUAUAGUGCUGCUAUGUUGACAUUAUUCUUCCUAGAGAAGAUUAUCCUAUCCUGCAAACUGCAAACAGUAGUCUCUGAAGAGUUGUCUUCCCUCUAGCCAAACAUUUUCCAAUUCUUUUUGUAUGUACUUCAUACAAACAAUACCUAUAUCUUCAUUGUAAGUAAAGGUUUGGGGAACGGAUGGAUAGAAUUCACUAGAUACUUCUUCAUCCUGUGUUUAGUGUCUAAAGACCCAUGUGAUGGAAACCAAGCUCUGGGGAUACAUGAGCUUACCAGCUUUUAUACCGAUGUAAUGAAAGAGGAUAUUCUUGUCGCGUUGUUAACAAAACAUUUGGUUUUAUCCAAAAAGUAGGUGUUUCCUCCAUGUUGAUUUAAUUGUAUGGAUGGAUUAGUAAUAAAGCAAUCCUGUGACUUUUGGACAGUAGAUUUAUCAGUCUGUAAAGUGAAGCCAACUUCAAAAAAUAUAUCCUCAAGAUUUGUACUUAUAUUUUCACAAGGGCCUUACCAAGUAUAUAAAUCUGUUUUUGAAUUAUAACUGUUAAUUAAAAUUGCAAGUAGGUAUGUUUUCUCCAUUGUAGUUAAUAAUAUAUAAAAUACUGGUUGGUCUUUCAAGUAGAAGUUGAGCAUGGACUCUAGUGCUUAACUACCUUUACUCUAAAAUUACUAUUGCACAUUUUAAAUAUUUUUCUAUAUUAUUUUCUACUUUCACAGCCAUAUUUUAAUUCUUUAUUACAGAAAUAAAUUCUAUUUUGAAAAUGAAUAGAUAACUCUGUGGACUUCUUGGUGACCAAGCUUCUAGGUAGUAGGGAAUAAAAGAGGAGGGAGAAGUAAGGAAGAACUGUGAUAGAAAUAGAUCUGAUUCCUAAAUCUUUUACUGUUAGAUUUACUAAGACUUUGUUCGUCUGUUGAAAUUUAUAUUAAUUUUUGAAUGUAUUAGGUUGGGACCUGUAUGCCUUUUUCUUGGUAAUUUAUAAAAUUAAUCAUCUUAGUCUGAAGCUAAGAACAUGUGAAAUUUUAUGGUUAGAGUUUAUCGCUUAUUAGUGUAUACUGGUACAUUGUGUUAACUGCAGUAUAUCCGUAGGAGAAAUAAAUUUGAAGCAAUAGGUGACUCCUAAGAAUUGAGCCAGUAAAUUCUCAAACAUGAAGAAUUUUGUUCUUGAUAAUUGUCAUUAGUAACUCUGAAAAACAAAGUUAUCUCGGGCUUUGACCUCUCCCAUGAGCUUUAGGCGUUUAAAGACACAGCCAAGCUAACGUUUUCACUUGUCUAAUAGUGAUCACAUGACCAAAACCAGCUUUUGGUCCCUGCCUUCCAACCUGUUCCUCCCCAGUUUCUCCCAAUCCCAAUAAAUGGCUACAUUCAUCUCUCUAGUUCCUUAGGCCAAAACCCCAGGAAUCCUCCUUGACCUGGUUUUCAUACUGUACAUUUAAUUCAGCAAAUCCAAUUUGAUUUAGCACAUUUAUCACAAUCUAUCCUACUUCACAGCUCUACUAGAAGCACUCUAGUUGAAGGCACUGUUACCUCUCUUUUCAUAUUACUUAUCUUUCAACAGUUCAAAAAGGCAGUCAGAAUGAUCUUUCUAAAAUGUGAAUCAGGUAUCCUUCCCCUGUUCUCAACUCUCAUGGCUUUUCAUCACACUUAAACAAACUUCAAAAUAUUCUCUCUCACCUCCUGGUGUUAUGGGAUUUGCCCUCUUACCAGCGCCUGGGCCUCCUCUGCCACUCUCUUAUUUAUCCUGCCCUAGCUGCAUUUGUUUUGCUGUUCUGCUCAUUUCAUGAGCAGACAUAUUCUCAUCUCCUUUGCUGUUGCCUCUCCCUGGAGUGCUUUAUUCCCAGACAUUCUUGUGGCUUGUAUUUAAGUGUCACCCAUUAUGCACAGUCUUCCCUUGACUUAAUCUAAAAUGUUACCCCACUUCUAUCAUUCUUUAUUUCUCAUCAUAAUACUAUCUGACAUUAUAUUUUUAUUUACCUAUUAAAUGUCUACGUCCCUCAUUGCAGUAUGUAAAUAUAUAAACUCCUUGAGGUCAGGGAUCCUAUAUGUCCUGUUCAGUUCUGUGUCCCCAGCACCUAGAACUGUGCCUCAUGUAUUAAGCCAUGCAAUGAAUAGUUGUUUAAUGAAGAAGCAGAUACUCUUGAUCCGGUUUAUCCUCAGAAUAUAUCUGGGAGCUGAAGCCUUCUGUCCAUUUUGAUUGCUGACACUCUAGUUCAAGCUUCUUCAUCUCCCUGGAUUUCUUACUAAAAACUAAUGUCUUCCCACUUCCACUCUUGCCUUUUCCCAACCCUCUCUCCCUCAAAGUGUUUUCUUGACACAGGUCCUAACUUCUUGUUUUUUAAAAGAUAAAUUGUACUCUGACACUCCCUUGCUUAAAAACCUCCAGUGCCUUCCCACUGCAUCAAAAAUGGAAUUUAAAUUCUUUGCUUGAACUGCAAGAUACACCAUCUGUCCUCUUUGUUCAUCAUACUACAGGCCGAGUAACCUUCUGCUACUGCUUCUUCCAUUCAUUAAGCAUGCCAAAGCUCAUUCCCCUUUCAGGGCUUUUAUGUUUACAGCUACCACCGCCUGGAACCCCUUCCAGUAGUUCGCAUGACUUAUUUAGCAUUCAGAUCUCAGCCCAAAUGUUUCUGCUAUCCCCAGUCACUGUCCCACUGUUUUGUUUUCUUCACAGAACUGAUUACUAUCUGAAAUUUAUCGACUGUCUCCCCCACCAAAAUGUAAACUUAGACUUUGUCAUUUCUUUUCCCCUUUGUGUAUCUUCCCCCCCGCUGCCCCACUUCUUGCCCCUUUGUAUAUCUUGUAUGUGGAACAGUACCUGGAAUAUAGUAGGUCCUAAAUAAAUAUUUGUUGAAUAAAUGAAUGAAUUAAAUAUCAGAUGAAGAAAAUGCUACAGAAUAUUGUAAGGGGAAGGCGAACAGAUGGCUAGUAAACAAACUUUCUCAGCUGUUGUAAUUUGUGUAGAAUGGGGAAGUUCCAUUCAGACUUGGACGGAUUAGCUCUCACAUUUAUAAUUAUGUGAGCAUUGGCAACUGCCUCUGUAAAGAGACUGAUAACUACAUUUUAGAGUUGUUUUUAAUCUUAAACGAGUUAAUGUGUAUGAAGAUGGUAGUAUACUGUGUUGCACAAAAGGCAUUCAAUAAACAUAAGCUGCCAUAAUUUUUUGCAGUGUUCAUUAUGCUGUUGGUAGAGGCGUUUACUCCUAUUUUUAAAAGUAAUGUUUGUUUAUCGAUGGAAAUUUGCAAAAUGUAAAAAUGGGGGGAAUGGAAUUAUUACCCAGAAAUAGCUAAAAUUUUGAUGGAAAUGUCAACAUUUGCUGCAUUGUACGUAUGCAUAGUGUGAUGUAUGAAGUGGGUAUGAUUGUUGAGAUAAAUAUAAAUAUGUAAAAUGUGUAUGGUUUAACAAGCAGUUGUAAAGUUAAUCUGUUUAACCAAACUCAAUGGAAGAAAGAUCAUUUCUGGACCCUCACAAGCCUUCCGUUGUACCCCUUCCCACUCAACCUACUCCUUUCCCCCAGAAGUAAUCAUAAAAUUUAUUUUUAUAAUAAUCCUCUCCUUGGUUUUCUCAGCUAUUUAUGCAUCUUUAUUUAAUUUUUUUAAAA